CGACUCUCGCUUGAGCAACAACGUCUGAUGGCAACGCCUGCCUUACUUCUUACGCUGCUGGUGGCAGUCUCGUCUGCCACUGCAACGGAACUGACUUCUCCUCGCGCCAACGAAGUCAUGGAAACGUAUGGCUUGGAAACUUCUCUGAGAAGCAGCCUGUUCUCGACGUGCAUCAAGCAAGCAGCCUCGCUGACGGGAAGUCUUUGGUUGGUAGUCGUAGGGCAACAAGGCUUCUAUCAGGUCACAAGCUCAAGUGCUCAGAACAUCACAUGGCAGGUCGCUGAUGGUGCUACGACUCUCUUCGCUUGUGCCCAGGCCACCCUGGACGCUGCCAAACUGAUGUUCAAGUUCAAUGGAGGGUCCUGCAUGAUCGCCAUGAAUGGUUUCUAUGAUCCUGCGAAUCAAGCGUGCGAUGGUCAGACGGUCUAUAUCGGCUCUGAUGGGAACAGUGGGUGCGUCACUCCUCUUGGAGGAUUUUUGGAUGGCCAAAACAUAACGAACGAUGGAAUGUGCUACUCGACGUGUGUAGGAAAUAAGGUGACACUUCAAGAUGCACUGGCUUUCUGGGUGAACGUGCAAUACAUCGACGGCGCUUGGGUCCACAUGCCGAGCAGGACUCCCGUGGCCGCUGACAUGUGGAAUAGUAUUAUCGACACCUCCUCCUGCGUGGCCAUCAUGCCGUCCGGGAAACUCUUCUCUGCGACGUGUAAAACUUCAUUUCCCUACAUGUGCGUCGACACCACUAAGACCAUCAAGCCGU